CCUGGCUGACUCUGAGACUGACUUGAGUGGGGUAGAUGCUAGGUGUUGUUAGAUGUAGGUGUCAGUAUCAACUGAAGUAACUUAGAUUUGAAUAACAAUAAAGGGGUAUUGUAAUUUAUGGGUUGGAUGAGAAUUAAAAUAAUCCUGUGGAUUAAAUGACAUUUUUAAUUCGCUUGUUUAUAUAAGACACGCUAAUAAUGGAUGCAGUUGUGAGAUUGUUUAAGGUUAUUUUCACGAAAUUAAAGUGGGUCUUCACCGAACUGUAAACAAAGUAUUUUCAAGAUGAUGUAUAAUGAACUUCAAAGUUAUUUUUUGGUUUUCUUAAGUAUUUCGUGUUUUCGGCUUGAUGGAUUGACCUUUGAAGAAGAUAAUCUAGAAUCAGAACUGUUCAAUACUUCUACUGACAGAGGGUACACUGAGUUUGACAAUGAAUCAGAUAGUUCCCAAAACAGAAUCAAUGGAAUUUUAAGUCAACCUCUUAAUUUGACUGUGGGAUCAGUAACAGACACUACAAUGGAGCUUUCUUGGCUUAAACCUGUCAAUUCUAAUCCAGAUGAGGUUUUGGAGUAUUAUAUCUACUACAUUCAUCAUAAUUACACAAAUUGUAAGAAACACUCAGCAACAGCUUCCUACAUAAAUUAUUUGUUAACCAAUUUAGAGCCUUACGCACAAUAUAAGGUGUGGGUGAAAGCUUCUUCCAAUAACCAUGAUGGAGAGUCAAGCGAGCCAGUGACCAAGCAGACAGAUGUCAGUGGGCCAGGGCCCCCCCAUAUCCUGAAUGCUACAUGUGUAAGCCCCUCCACUUUGGCCAUCUACUGGACCCAUCCCCCCUCUUUUAACAGGACAAUUGACACGUACAUCAUUGCCUAUCGGGAAGAGCAUUCUUACGCAUUCAGCAACAUUACUGUAAAACCCUGCAACUACUCCUGCCAGGACUUGUGUAGUGCCUUGUGCAGGGAUGAUAAGACAUACAAUUCGACUCUAGUUCAUGAGAUCUCCAAUCUUACCAGUGAAAUGUAUGAAAUUAAAAUAAGAGGAGCGACACGGAGUAUUUACGAUGAUGAAAAGGAGAUUAUUGGUCCUGACUCAGAAUCAAGAAAAGUACCAAUGAAUAACUGUGGAUUAAACCACUAUGCAAUGAGCGGCCUCAGCGCUGGAGUUAUUGCAGGAAUCAUAUGUGUUUGCUUUGCUCUUCUUUUGGGAAUCAUCGCCUUCAUCAUUUGGAGGAACUGCUUGCACGCUGCCUAUUACUAUCUAGAGGAUUCCCCUCCCCUGCCCCAGACCAGUGUCACAGACUGGGACACCCGGGAUCCUGAGUCUACUGUGCCUCUGGGACAAUUUGCUGCUCAUGUUGCAUCUCUCCAUGCUGAUGGAGACAUUGGCUUCAGCAAAGAGUAUGAGGCCAUCCAAGCUAUUGCUAACCACCACGAAUUCACCACAGAGUACUCUCAACACCCAGAGAACAAGCUGAAGAACAGAUAUCUCAACAUAUUGUCUUAUGACCAUAGCCGAGUUAGACUGCUUCCAAUGCCUGGCCAGAGUAGGUGGAGUGACUACAUCAAUGCAAACUAUAUCGAUGGGUUCCAACGAGCCAAUGCUUACAUCGGCACUCAGGGGCCCUUGCCUUGCACCUUUGAUGCCUUCUGGAGGAUGAUUUGGGAACAGGGAGUUGCUAUAAUCGUCAUGAUUACAAACCUGGUGGAGAGAGGAAGGAGGAAAUGUGACAUGUAUUGGCCGAAAGAAGGUACAGAGAUUUAUGGCAUGAUCCAGGUCAGGCUGAUCAAAGAAGAUAUUUUAGCCAUGUAUACGGUGCGCACACUGUCCAUCUUACAUUCAAAGACUAAAAGAAAAAAGCAUGGAUUCAACGAACGCCUGGUUUACCAGUAUCAUUACACCAACUGGCCUGACCAUGGUACUCCAGACCAUCCUCUUCCGAUCCUCAGUUUUGUCAAGAAAUCCUCUGCUUCAAAUCCUCAUGAUGCUGGGCCUAUUGUUGUACAUUGCAGUGCUGGAGUGGGUCGUACCGGAACAUAUAUAGUUCUAGACUCUAUGCUGAAGCAAAUAUGCCACAAAAAUGAGGUAAAUGUGUAUGGAUUCCUGCGCCACAUCCGGACUCAACGCAACUUUCUAGUGCAGACUGAGGAACAAUACAUCUUCAUCCAUGACGCACUAUUGGAGGCCAUCACGUGUAGUGAGUCGAGCCUGAGUGCAGAGUGCCUAUCUCACUUGCUCAAGACCUCUGCCCUUCCCGAUCAUUCACAUGAACACUGGAAAAAACUCGAAACACAUUUUCAGGCCUUAACUGCUUUUCAACCUAAGGAUUAUAAUCUAGUAUCUGCGAACAAACCUUGUAAUCAAGUGAAAAACAGGAGCCAACAAUUCAUCCCUGUCGAGUGCUCUAGAGUUCACUUGACUCCAAAACCUGGAGUGGAUGGCAGUGACUACAUUAAUGCGUCCUGGUGUCUUGGAUUCAAGAAGCUGCGAGAGUUCAUAUUGACACAGCAUCCACUGACGAGCACUGUGUUUGACUUCUGGCAGAUGGUCUGGGACCACAAUUCACAGACAGUUGUAUUGCUCUCUCCUCUCACUCCUGACUCAGAGGAGUACUGUGUGUUUUGGCCUGCUGAAGGGGAAACCUUGGAUGGGGAGAACUUCAAGGUGAAAUUGAUAGAAGAGAGUGAGCUGGAUGGCACUGUGUCCAGAGACCUCACAGUACAGUCUUUGCAAGAUGACUAUGAGCUCACUGUUCGCAUCAUACAGUCUCCGGUCCCAGAACCUCUGUCAGACCUUCCAGCACUCUUCCAACUUCUCUCCACUGUCCAACAAUGGCACCUUGAAUAUCAGAAUGGGCCUAUUAUUGUAAUUGACAGAUUUGGAGGAACAGAAGCAGCAACAUUUUGUUGUUUGGCAACCCUGACCAAGCAGCUAGACUACGAGAACCAUGCAGAUAUCUGUAUGUAUGCAAAACUUUACCACAACAGGAGACCAGGAGUUUGGCAAACCAUGGACAGCUACCUGUUGCUCUACCAAGCCCUUGAGGUUCUCUCUGCCAGUAAAGGAGUUUCACUAGUCCCAAGCCCUAGUCCUACCCACCUCCAGCCCAAUGGCUACAACAUCGCAGUUGAUAAGUCAUAGUCAUUGUAAGGUUAUGCCAAAUGCUAAAAGCAAUUUAUACUAUUAAGAUUUUAGUCAUCAUUUAUAUCUAAUUUAACACCAUACCGGUUAUAAGUUUAUUGUGAACAAGAAUCCUCUAGCUUUAUACAAAUAUUGAUCAAGAAAUGUUAUGUUAAUGAUUUAUAUUGUUUUAUUAAUAUUGUAUGUACAUUAGUAUUGUAAAAUUUCAGUAAACUAAUAAUUAUUUUUUAUGUCAGUUUUUAAUACUUAGUAAUAACAUCGCAUUUCAUGGCAUCAUUCAUUAUAUUAUAAUAAUAAUGCUAAUUAUUCACUUUUUUACAUUUUACUAUGAAAAGUAUCACUUUUAUAUUUGUACUUUAAGAAAAUACAAGUUAUUUAUUGUUAGUUUUGCUAGUAUAGAUAUAAUUUAUUUAGUGAUAAACUGGAAAUUGCUAUAACCCUACAGUGGUAACUUCCUUGCAACAAUUGUUAUUCUGAAUAUAACAAUGUGUAUAAUUUGUAAAAUUCUGUGAACUAUAAUUUAAUUAACCAUUUGUUUCAUGAACUCACACUAUUUCUAUCCUCUUUUACUCAGUUUUAUUAUUAUUCUUUAUAAAAGCUAUUGAAACUAAUCUGUGCUAUUUCAUGAAAAAUAUUCUUAUUAAUAUUAAAAAAUCACUACAGCCCCAAUAAUGUCACUUAACAGCGAAUAUUUUUGUCUGUCUAAUUAAAUCUGUGCCUAAUUUUUGUGUUAAAAAUUAAAUAGUGGUUGACAAGAUUACGUGUCCAAGGUAAUGAUUGAAGAGCUCCAUAGCCACCACCAAUAUGCCAUAUAUUUUUAACCUUCAGGUUAAGAAUAAAAGUUAUUAUGGGAAUUUAAUAACAACUCUCAUAUUAUUCUAUAAUUACAUAUAAAAAACUACACUUCUACCCAUCUUGUAUACAAAUUUGGUCUUAAUGGGAUCACAAUUUUCAGAGUUGCUGUUUGGCUGAAAAUCACCCAAAACCAGUACCAUUUUUUUCAUUUUUAUCAACAUAAAGAACUGAAAAUUAUGAGUAAAUAAUUUGCUUUGUUUGUCUAAACGCAGGAAUAAACAAGAUAAGUUUUAAUGUAACUCGUGGUAUUAUAUCUCAACAGAGUUAGUUUGUGGUUAACUUUUUUCUCUUAAUUAAAGGAGAGGUCUCGAUCCCCUUACUCUGAUAUCUUACCAUUAUCAAUAAACAUGUCAAGGAACUGAUAAACGAGUUUGAAAUUUCCACAUUUUUAAAUUUAAAACUAAUUAUUCAGGUUAUACAGGGUAUAUCAAAAAGAUUCAUCCUAUUUGGCAUGUCUAUAUUUCGAACAGUAGUAAACAUAUAAAAUUACUAAUUUUUUUUAGCUGAAAGGGAAACUCAAAAAGUUUUUUUUUCAUACCUUUUCAAAGGUGUUCAAUAUGUCCACUUUUAGAUACAUGGCAUAUGUCUAUGCGGUAUUCAAAUUCAUCCCACACUGCAGCGAGCAUGUCCUGAGUUACUGAUUCCACUGCUGUUGUAAUGCGAUUCCUCAGCUCAUCCAUUGUUGUUGGUAGUGGAGGCACAUAUACAGAGUCUUUGAUGAAACCCCACAAGAAAGUAUCACAUACAAAAAGGUCUGGUGACCUUGGAGGCCAGAAAUGUAAGGAUGCGUCAUUUUGUCCAGUGCGGUCGAUCCACCGGUCACGAAUUCUUUGAUUUAAAAAUUGCCGGACUGUCAGAUGCCAAUGUGGCGGUGCCCCGUCCUGUUGGUAAAUGAAGUCAUUCGAAUCAGUCUUCAAUUGGGGGAAAAUAUAAUUCUCAAGCAUAUCGAGAUUUGUUAUUCCUGUAACAGUGUUCUCAGCAAAGAAAAAUGGACCGAACACAUUUUCCCGUGAAACCGCGCAAAACACAUUAAAUUUUGGAGAGUCUCUCUCAUGUUGCACAAUUUCAAGUGGUUUUUCUGUGCCCCUUAUUCUAACGUAACGGUUUACCUUUCCAUUUAAAUGAAAUGUUGCCUCAUCGCUAAACACUAUACGCGAUACAAAAUGCUCAUCGUCCAUCAUCUUAUCAAGAACGAAGUUACAAAACUCCACGUGUCGUUCUUUAACACCCUCAUAAAGAGCUUGCAUUAUCUGAAGUCUGUAUCCUUUCACGCGUAAUCGUCGACGCAACACAUGCCAGACGGACAUAGGAGGCAUGUUGAGCUGUCGAGCAGCGCGGCAAACAGAUUUCUGAGGGCUGCGUGUGAAACAAUGGCGGACGCGCUCCACGUCUUCAUUGGACACUCUGGGACGGCCCGGUGACUUGCCUUUACACAGACAAUCUGUUUCUUGAAAUUGUGCAUACCACGUCUAAUGCUCAGUGAUGUAGGAGGAUCAACACCAUAUUUAUUAAGAAAGUCACUCUGAACAGUUAUUACAGACUCACACUGCGAAAAAAGUAGACAACAAAACGCUUUUUGUGGUGCAGACGCCAUUUUCACUAGAAAUGAAGUAGGCGUUCACUGAAGCGCGCUGCUGCUACCUAACGGGAACCAUGUAAAACUUUAAAAGAUACUCUUUUCAACAGUACGUUGUUGGUGCAUUUAGCUCAACAAACAGAAUAGUUAUGAUUUUAUUAAAUCUGAUGAUUGUUUUUGAUACACCCUGUAUAUUAAAGACAAUGCAAAACCUAAUAAUGCAUUGUUUCUCACAAAUGGAUUUGUUUUACUUGUACGAUUCUAAAUGUAUAUGCAAUCAGAAAAUGUGUACAGUAUUAGGUAAACAUGUUUAAUAUAUAAUUUACAUUAUUUUCAAAUUCCGCACUUAUUUUCAUUUUCAGUAGUUUACAUUUUCUUUUAUUUGACCUAUUUUAAUUUGAAAAUAUAGUUAAUUUAUGAAGCAUAUUUGAAUCAGUGUUCUCAUAUUAUAAUACUACUUAACAAAAUACCACCAAAUUAAAUUAAUAAUAACAAAUAAAAAAAAUGUAUAGUUAAAGUACAGUCAGUAGGACUAGUUACAGGGAUGCUACAGGUCAGGGAAAUCAGGGAAGUCAGGGAAAAGUCAGGGGAAAAAAACAGGACUGGAAAUCAGGGAAAAGUCAGGGAAUCCGGUCUCA